AAAAAAAAAAAAAAAUAGUCCUACAAACAAAAGAAGCAGUCCAGUUGAAGGGAUUUGGAAACAAGUUAUUAAAUUACAGUACAACAUUGACUACUGACAACUUUACUAGAUUUAGUACAAAACUUUGAUAUACCCCAGAAGAAUACAAUAACAACAGACAGGAAAUUGCAAGAAUUGUAAGAAUUGCAAUCGCAACACCAAUCAAAGUACACAAAUCACGGCUAUUGUAACCAAUUGCUAAGGAAAAAGGAUUUGACACGCACUAACUAAGAACCACAGGAUCUAAUGUCCAUUGCAUUAAGCUAAAGACCACCAUGUUCUUCACUAUUGACUCGGGUCAGAUAGCCACUUUUUCACUUUAGCCUGGCCCACGUGUGCCUGCCACUUGUAGAAAAAUGUGGGUAUUUUUUAUUUUAUUUUAUUUUGUUUUUUGUUUUUUGGGGAAAAAAGAUUGGUAUUGGCAUAUAUGCUUAUUUUCUCCAAGGAGUUGAAAGCUAAUCCAUUGAGGCUUUGCCACUUUGGCCACUUAGCAUUGAUGAUGGGAAAUGAAACAGAAACAGAGGAGCUGGAUUCAGUUGAGAAAAGAAGAACAAAUAAAGUGGUUCCUUCUUUAAAAAGUUCAACUUUUGAUCAAAGAGACGCCAAAUCACGAGACGUCCUUGAAUUAUCUGCCCUUUUUCAUUGUCUUUCUACUGCCAAACGACCUAAUCCUUCUCCUUAUCAUUAUACACAACCGUGAAAAUCAGACCCUUUCCCUUCUCUCUUCUACCUCCUAAUUUUUCUGUUUCUUUUCUUCCUUCUUCCUUCUGUUCCAUUCCCUGUAGCCAUGAAAUCCCAAGUUCUGCCUUUAGGUUUGGCUUUUUCUCUGAUAUGUUCCCGGUCUUUUCAUGAACAUUUGCCUACCUAUAGAAAAGGUGCAAAUGCUUGACGCGGAAAACUGUUCUCUGUGUUUUUUUCUUUUUUCUGCCAAGUUGUUCUUUUGGGUCUUCGUCCUUGCUACCAUUGAUUCAAUAUAUUCAUGAAAAUCCAUAUUCAAUUAUCAUUCUUCUUUAGAACCCAUGUUUUUGAAUCAGUUCAUGCACUUCUUAAAAUCAAUUCAUACUUUCAGAAGGAAAAUUCCUUACGAUCGUUUGCUUUGUAACAUAAAAACAAGCCUUCGUUUGGUAUAGACAAAGUCCAUUUCACUUAAAGAAUCUUCAUGGCGACCUCAUGUUUCGGUUCACUUAGGAUUCGUAAAUCGAAGAACAAACCCUUAUCAACCCCUUCCUCGUUGAAAUCCCAGAUGAAUUCUGAAAUGGAAAAUAUGGAAAGGAGAAGAUUUGACAGUUUGGAAUCGUGGUCGAUGAUCCUAGAGUCUGAAAAUGUGGAAACUUGGGAGACAUCAAAGGAGGAUCAGGAGGAGUGGACAGCUGAUCUAUCUCAACUCUUCAUUGGUAACAAAUUCGCCUCCGGUGCUCACAGUCGGAUAUACCGUGGAAUUUACAAGCAGAGAGCCGUUGCUGUGAAGAUGGUGAGAAUUCCAAACCAAAAGGAGGAAACAAGAGCCAAACUCGAGCAACAGUUCAAGUCUGAAGUUGCCUUGCUUUCUCGUCUCUUUCAUCCCAACAUAGUUCAGUUCAUUGCAGCCUGUAAAAAGCCACCUGUAUACUGCAUAAUUACAGAGUAUAUGUCACAAGGAACUCUGAGGAUGUAUCUUAACAAGAAAGAGCCAUAUUCACUCUCAACAGAGACAAUAUUGAGGUUAGCUCUUGACAUAUCAAGAGGAAUGGAAUACCUCCAUUCCCAAGGAGUGAUCCACAGAGAUCUCAAAUCAAACAACUUGCUUCUAAACGAUGAAAUGAGAGUAAAAGUAGCUGAUUUCGGAACCUCCUGCCUCGAAACACAGUGCCGAGAAUCAAAAGGGAACAUGGGAACUUACCGAUGGAUGGCGCCGGAGAUGAUCAAGGAGAAGCCUUAUACUCGCAAAGUUGAUGUGUACAGCUUUGGAAUUGUGCUGUGGGAGCUCACCACGGCUCUGCUUCCCUUUCAAGGGAUGACCCCCGUGCAAGCUGCCUUUGCCGUCGCCGAGAAGAAUGAGAGGCCCCCAUUACCGGCGAGUUGUCAGCCGGCACUAGCCCACCUGAUUAAGCGGUGUUGGGCGGCGAAUCCGUCGAAGCGGCCGGAUUUCAGCGACAUUGUGGUGGCUUUGGAGAAAUACGAUGAGUGUGUGAAAGAGGGUCUUCCCCUUGCACACCAUAGAAGAUUGGUAAACCGAAACGCCAUUAUUGAACGCUUGAAAGCUUGCGCUUCAACCAGCUCUUCAAUACCUGUACAUGCUUAAUCCUGAUCCGCCAUAGCCUUCGUAAUUCGAAAAGGUGUCAUUUUGGUCAAUUUUCAGCAGCAAAAAAGGAAGAUGAUCAAAUCAAAUACUGUGUAAAAUGAGAGGGCCCCACGUAGAUUCAUGGUCCAUAUCUGAAUCAUGGAACACCGGGCCCAACUUCCUCGGCCCAGCCCACUGCAAAUCUCACUAAUUAUAGUUUUGAUCUUCCAAACUAAAAUUUUUUAUUUUUCUUUUUCUCAUUCCAUCUUUGAACAGUUGAUUAAUUUA